CAUCCGGGUCCUUUCUUGGCGUCCCUCCGCCCUCCUCGCUCAGUGCCCUGUUCCCCACUGCAGGGCUGACAUUUCUCUUGGCCCCGUCAUGUCCAAAGUCCUAAAGUCGGUGGAUUAUGAGAUCCUCGGCCGGGUGCAAGGUGUAUGUUUCAGAAUGUACACAGAGGAGAAGGCUAGGAAAGUGGGAGUGGUUGGCUGGAUUAGAAAUUCCAGAGAAGGGACGGUUACUGGCCAAGUUCAGGGUCCUGAAGACAAAGUAAAUGAGAUGAUGAACUGGCUGGCCAAUGUUGGAAGUCCGAGCUGCAAAAUUGAGGAGGCAAAUUUUUCUAACGAAAAGGAGAUCUCGAAACUUGACUUCGAUUCAUUCUUCACAAGAUACUAACCUGAAAAAACAACACUUGGUUUAGAAUUUCCAGCCUGCUGUGGUUGUAUAAUAGUUUCCACACUUCCUUAAAGUGUCAAAAUUGCUGCAAACUAGGAAACUGGAACAAUUAUUUCAAUUGUGUUUGGUAGAAAUAGCAAAGUAGAAGUAGAACAAUAUAGGGGUGGUGAAAAGUAUUUCUUCUUCUAAAAAGUCCUUUUAAUUCAUAAAAGAUCCCCUAAAUUGGGACUGAUUCUGGUUUUUUGAAAAACUGCAUUGCACCAAACUGCAUUUAACAUGUCCAUUUUUUUUUUCUUUUUCUAAAUUAACAGCCAUGGGAGGGUGUUGAGAUCAGGUUGCAAAUGGAACUUCUUUUCCAGGAUUGAUAGAAAUUUAUGGGAGCAAAUUUCAGAGGGAACAUUGCAAAUGGAGAUGAUUUGACUCGCCUCCUCCCUUUGAUUCUAGUAUUGUUUAAGCCAGCUAUGGGUGUUAAUUAGCGAAAACUAACAAAACCUAGGUAUGUUAGAUAUGGUUAGGUUUUUAAUUUCCCAACCACUUUGAUCCAUGUUAAUCACAACGUAGAGUAAGCAGGAACACAUGGAUUUUCAUAGAGCACAACUGCAUUGGACUUAGAGUGUAUGGAGUUAUUCCCAUGUAUUAUUUAUAUAUUUACAGUUCAAUUCUAUGUAAGUUGACUUGGAAAUAAGUCCCCUUGCUUCUGAUGGAAAUUACUCCUGGGUGAUUAUGUAUAGAAUGGUAACCUAACACAAAGAAAAAAGCUUGUAAUCUUAAAACUUAGAAAUGACCAGAUCAGAUCAAAGCUAUUAAAUACCUUACACUCCAGGCCAAAGCAAGAACAAAAACACUGCAAUGGUUUACACUGGUUUUAGUCAACCUUCCUUCACUGUGAAUUCUUCCCCCACCUCAAUACUGACUGUUGUACUAAAAUAAUAAUAAAGACAAAUAUUGCCUUUAUGCCUUGAUUAGUGUACAUGGGCUAAAAUAAAUAUUGAUUGCCACAGAAAAUCUGUCUUGGUCUACUUUGAGAUAAAAAUGUUCCUGAAUCAAUCUUGGUAGCACCUUGAAUGGUGUGAGAUAAUGGACUACAUCUCUGUAUCUGAAGAGCUAAUAAAGUUUGUUCCAGUAA